AUGUCCAUGCCUGCAGCAGGGAGCUGGCCCCGGGCCCCCCAGGCUCCUGGUAGUCCCCUUCAUGAACAGGAAGCAGUGUCCCAACAGAUCUUCCUGGGAGCUGGGUGCACUGUCCUCUUCUCCAGCCUCCUGCUGGGCUGUGGAUUCUGUUGGCGGUGGAGACAACCGCGGGCCAACCUGCCCACCCCAGCCAUGGUUCUGGUCCUGAAAGCUGUGGCCCCUUCAGAACCCCUGGCCGUGUCUGUCCAGCCUCAAUACCAGUCCCUCCAGGCCUGGGAGCCCCCUUCCCGGAGCCCCAUGGCCCAGGUCUCUUCCUCUCCACAACCCCAACCUCCUAAUUUCCCAUCCACAUCCAAGAAGAAGCAGAGAAGGCCCAUGGCCAGAGCCAGCUCCCUGGAGUGGCUCACCUCCCCCUUGGCCUCCCGCAGCCUCCCUGGUCACUCUCAGCCUCGUCUCAGCUUCUCCCUGGGUUAUUCACCAGUGGAGGAGGAGCCGAUAGUGACAGACAUCCGAGCAUCAGAGCUACCAAAGGGUUCCCUGUCUGGCCGAGGAUGCUACGUCAAGUUGCAUCUGGUCCCAAGCAGAACUGGUCACCAGAAAACAGCCCUGCAGCCUCCUGGCCCCACUGUGGAGUUCCAUGAGAGGUUCAGCUUCCAAGGCAGCACCCCACAGGUUGUGGGGGCACAGGCUCUGCGGAUGGCUGUCUACAGCCAGGACUUCGCCGGACUCAGAAACUGCUUUGUGGGUGAAGUAUUCUUUCCCUGUGCCCAGGUGGCCUCAGAUUCUCUCCCUGGCUGCCUGGUCAGCUACAACCGGGAGCUGUCCACCACCAAGAACAAAAUGCACAAGAGCCACAGCUCCCAGGACCUGCUGGCUCCAGGCUUCAGGGCUCCCUGGAUGGGGUCCCAGGGCCAGCUUUUCCUCCUUCUUCAGUAUCAAGCUACCGCCCAUCGCAUCAAGGUGCUGGUCCGCAAAGCAGAAAACUUGUGCAGUCUGGGCCGACUGCCAGGACACCGGGAGCACUUUGUGGUGAUUGGCCUGUAUCAGGCUGGCCAGCUGCUGGACUCCCAGGAGACUCAGGCCGUAGUGGGAUGCAGCCCAAUGUGGAAUGCUCCCUUCCUCUUCAGCCUUCCUGCUGGAGACCUCCACAAGCAAAGCCUCUUCCUCCAGUUCACUGUCAUGCAGAGGCACCUGCUGACCCGAACUCUCACACUGGGUUGGGUCCGAAUCGGUCCGGAAGCCCCAGCAGCUGGACGUGCACAUUGGUGGGACAUGUACCAGCAUAGCCUCCAGGAAUCUGCCCAGUGGCACCCCCUCUGCCCAGGAAAGCCAGACCCCCCCAGGGCAGCAGCCUCUGGAUCUGGGACAGGAAACAGCUGA